AUGCCUGCGCAAUUACUCUCGCAGCUUCCCACGCCCGCCGCGACUCGCCUCAAUGGCCACGCUCCCCUCAUGAAGAGGAAGCAAUCCUCUCCCAUGAUGCCUUCCUUCAUGGUAUCUGCGCCUGGCAAGGUCAUUGUCUAUGGCGAACAUGCGGUCGCCGCAAUUGCUGCUGCAAUCUCCCUUCGUUCAUACCUACUCGUCUCCUUUCUCUCGAAAUCGCAUCGUACCGUCUCCCUACGAUUCCCAGACAUCAACCUCGAGCAUACCUGGAACAUUGACGAACUGCCCUGGGAAGUCUUCUCCGCAAAGGGCAAGAAAAGGAACUACUACGACCUCGUAACAACACUGGACCCGGACUUCAUAGCUGCCUUGCAACCGCACGUUGACGUUGUUUCCCCCCAUGUCCCUGAAUCUACGCGCAAGAUCCAUCAGGCAUCCGCCACAACGUUCCUCUACCUCUACUGCUCGCUCGCGUCGCGAAGAUCGCCGCCCUGCAUAUACACCCUCCGCUCGACGAUCCCAAUUGGCGCCGGCCUCGGCAGCAGCGCCAGUAUCUCAGUAUGUUUGAGCGCUGCUCUUCUCCUCCAGAUCCGAGCCUUGAGCGGACCGCACCAGGACCAGCCAGCACAGGAAUGUGAGCUCCAGAUCGAGCGAAUCAACAGAUGGGCGUUUGUGGGCGAGAUGUGCAUUCACGGGAACCCCUCUGGCGUUGACAACACCGUUUCCGCCGGAGGAAAGGCCGUGCUUUUCCAGCGAAGGGACUAUACCAAACCGCCUAUGGUUGCCCCCAUCUGGAACUUCCCUGAGCUGCCCCUCCUUCUGGUCAACACGCGCCAGUCGAGGAGCACGUUGACUGAGGUUGCCAAAGUUGCUACCUUGAGGGAGACUCACCCACUUCUCAUUGAGAACGUUCUCGAUUCGAUAGGCAUGAUCACCGAGUCCGCCCACCGACUCCUCACCUCUCCAGGCUUCAACCCACGAAACCCCUCUCCGUCCGCCUUGAAGCACCUCGGUGACCUCAUCACUAUCAACCACGGUCUCCUCGUUUCUCUCGGAGUCUCUCAUCCUAAGUUGGAGCGCAUUCGCGAGCUUAUCGACCAUACCGGCAUCGGCUGGACCAAGUUGACAGGUGCUGGAGGCGGUGGUUGCGCCAUUACGAUCCUUAAACCACAGCCGACUUCCCUUCAGCCCAACGGCAACGGCAACGGACUCCACCAUUCGGAUAGUUCCUCCGACGAAUCUGAAGACAGCGAGGAGGCCGAUUGCAGCGCCAGCAUCAUUUCCAACACGACCAAGCUCAAGCACAAGAUCCUCGACACUCUCGAAGUAAAACUUGAGAACGAGGGCUUCGAGAAGUUCGAGAUUACCCUCGCGGGAGACGGUGUCGGAGUCCUCUGGCCUGCCGUUCUGCACAACGGCAACGAAGAAGAGGGUGGUGAGGAGAUCGACCAGGAGAAGUUCCUCCGAGCCGAAGGCACAGAAGGCAUCGAACGAUUAGUAGGUGUCAUCAGCAGCGCCCGCAGAAAGCUACCGCGAGACGUGAGAGAAGGCUGGAAGUUCUGGAGGCCUUGGGAGACCGACGCAUAA